AUGCCUCACACCAACCACAGCGAAGAGUCUUCAGAAAUCCUCCUUGACGUGAACCAUCCAAACUGGACUGACCCCGGCCAACAACUGUUUCCAGAAGAACUGACUUUCAACACGCAGUCACUAGUGCAAGUCAUCGUGUACGCGGUGCUGUUCGUCACAGCCGCCACCGGUAACAUCCCUGUUUUCUUCAGCUUGAUGGGCAAGCGCCAUCGCAAGUCCAGACUCAAGGUCAUGAUCAUGCAUCUGGCGAUAGCGGAUCUCAUCGUCACCUUCGUCAUGAUUCCCCUGGAGGUGGGCUGGAGACUCACGGUGCAGUGGACGGCAGGCAACGUGAUGUGUAAGGUGAUGCAGGUGCUUCGGGCUUUCGGGCCGUACUUGUCCUCGAUGGUACUCGUGUGCAUAAGUCUGGACAGGUACUUUGCAGUCCUGCACCCGCUCAAGGUGAACGAUGCCCAGCGACGUGGCAGGAUAAUGCUCUCCUGGGCUUGGAUAACGAGCUUUUUGUGCAGCGUCCCGCAAGCGAUCAUCUUCCACGUCAUGGAACACCCGCAGUUCCCGGAGUUCGAGCAGUGCGUCACCUUCGCCUCGUUCCCGUCUUCCUGGCACGAGCGACUCUACAACCUCUUCUGUCUCCUGGCCCUGUACGGGCUGCCCCUGGCCGCCAUCAUCGUCUGCUAUUCGCGCAUCUUCUGGGAGAUACACCGCCAGUCCAGGGACCCUCAAGUGGUGCUGCUUCUGGACGACCUGAGCAAGCAGCGUCGGCAGUUCCAGGGCCGCAUGCGGCUCCGUCGCUCGGACAUGCGCCACAUGCAGCGGGCCCGGAACCGCACCCUCCGCCUCACCAUCAUCAUCGUGCUGGCCUUCUUCUGGUGCUGGACUCCCUACGUCACCAUGGUGCUCUGGUACCAGUUCGAUCCGGACGGCGCCGAGCACGUCAACGGCUACCUCCAGUCGUCGCUCUUCAUGUUCGCCGUCUCCAACUCGUGCGUCAAUCCGCUAGUGUACGGCAGCUACACCCUCACCCGGAGACGCUUCUGCGUCAGGUGUCCUUUCUUCGGGGCACGGGACGCCAAGACAGCGCCGAUGAUCGUGCCCGAGGUCAAGCCCGUGGUGCUGCCCAAGGACAAGACGACGGUCGGGGACAAUUCGCUCUUUUCGUCGGACAGCUCCGUGUAUCCGUACGAGCUGACGAUUCGCUUCAAGGGACAACUGUUUAGUAAGUGUUCCAAGGCGAGACACCUGCCGGACUGUUCGUGCGAAAGCUGUGCCUUAUCGGGUCGCUACGGAAAGGGCUCCAAGUUCGGAUCUUCGAGCCUCCACGACCCUAAGCAGACGUCUUCUCCAACCAAUCACAGCAUGUGAUGCCCUUCUCGAACACUAAUGGAAAGACGCACGUGGUUAAUCGAGACUCGUCGUUGGGCUAGUUGGUGCAGGAUGCUUAGGAGACUUGUAAGUGCGAGCAAAGAUGGACACGAGACGUCGUGGCUUCGGAAGAACCUUCAAGUGUUGCCUUUGGUCGUCGGAGUCAUCAUCGUCCAGAGUUUCGCUCGCGAGCAGUGUCGACCGCAUUUGUCCGUGCAUGCAACCUAGGAACUUGUUGAAA